AAUACUUUUGCAAGAAAAAUGACUAACGAAGGACACGCCGCAUUUAUCGCUUUAACUUCUUUACCCCACUCCCCCAUGUGAGAUCUCAUGCCUAAAUCCCCAAUUUCACGCCUCUAAUAAUGCUUUCUCUUUUCUAAGAUCCCUCUUCUUUUUUUUUUAAAUUUUGUUGCCUAUAAAUAUGCACUUAUUCUUCUUCCUUUCUUCAUUCGAAAAUCUUUCCGACAUGGCGGCUUCACGGACUUCAUUGUUUCUGCCAUGUUGUAUGCUUAUUUUGAUUGCUCUAUCCAAUGUGGCUGAGGUUUGUGGUAGUACUAAGCUUCGUCCUUCAGAUUGCAAACCAAGAUGCAGUUAUCGAUGCUCAGCUACAUCUCACAAGAAGCCAUGCAUGUUCUUCUGUCUCAAAUGCUGUGCCAAAUGCCUAUGCGUCCCUCCUGGGACUUAUGGCAACAAGCAGGUCUGCCCUUGCUACAACAAUUGGAAGACCAAGGAAGGAGGACCCAAGUGCCCUUAAACUAUUUGAAUCUAUACCUUAUCCUUUUCUAUUUUUUUUUUCACAAAUAAGGCAACUGGAGGGAGAUAAUCCAUUCUUCAGCCUUGGAUAUUUGAUUGUAGUUUUUUUAAGUUCAUUAAUUCUCUUGGCCUAAGAGAUUUAUCAUUACUUCAAGAGCUAGCCAAUUAUAUAUUAUGUGUCACCCUAUUCUAAGAAUAGUAAUUGUUCUUCCAAUUUCGAAUUAUGGAAGUGGAAAUUAAUUCCACUUGACUCUUUCAAUUUUUAGUUGUGGCAAGAAAAAAAAUCUUGAACUUUUGAGAU